GCUCCAAUGGACAAAGGUCUUCACCUUGUGUUCUGUGUGCUGGCAACCAUGCUGCUCCUGAGAGAGUCAAGCCAGACAGGAACAAGGAAUGCUGAUGCUGUGAGGAAGGUCGCUGACUUAAGGGGAUCAGGAGAGGGUCUUCCAACUUUGACUGUCACAACAAUCCUGGAGGAUCCCUACGUCAUGGUGAGGAGUGCAGAGCUGGAGGGCUACUGCAUGGACCUGCUGAAGGCUCUUGCUGCCAUGCUUCACUUCAGCUACAAGGUGAAGGUGGUGGGCGAUGGGCAGUACGGUGCCGUCUCUCCCGGGGGCAACUGGACUGGGAUGGUUGGUGAAAUCCUGAGACAGGAAGCAGACAUGGCAGUGGCUCCGCUGACAGUCACCUCUGCCCGGGAGGAGGUGGUCUCCUUCACCACCCCCUUCCUGCAGACUGGCAUUGGCAUCCUGCUUCGCAAGGACACUGUCUCUCAGGAGAUGUCUUUCUUCCACUUCCUGGCUCCUUUCAGCAAGGAGACCUGGACUGGCCUUUUAUUUGCUUACCUGCUGACCUGCUUCUGCCUCUUUCUUGUUGCCAGAUUGAGCCCCUGUGAAUGGAAUGAACCAAAGAAUGAGGAGAACCACUUCACCUUCUUAAACAGCCUCUGGUUUGGAGCAGGAGCCCUUGCUCUGCAAGGUGUCACCCCCCGGCCCAAAGCUCUCUCGGUGAGGGUCAUUGCUGCUGUCUGGUGGCUCUUCACCAUCGCCUUGCUGGCUGCCUACAUCGCCAACUUCACCGCCCUGCUGAGCUCCAGCAGUGAGCAGCUCCCAAUCCAGACUUUUGAAGACCUUGUGAAGCAGAGGAAGCUUGAGUUUGGGACACUGGAAGGCUCCUCCACUUUCUACUUCUUCAAGAACUCCAAGAAUCCCAUCCACCAGAUGAUUUAUGAGUACAUGGACAAGAGAAGAGACCAUGUCCUGGUCAAAACCUACCAGGAGGCCGUCCAGCGCGUGAUGGAGUCUGACUAUGCCUUCAUUGGAGAGUCCAUCUCUCAGGACCUUGCAGCUGCCAGGCACUGCAACCUGAUCAGGGCCCCUGAAGUUAUUGGAGCCAGAGGAUUUGGCAUUGCCACUACCCAGGCAUCCCCCUGGACCAAGAAGCUCUCCAUUGCUGUCCUCAAGCUACGGGAGUCAGGGGACCUGGACUACCUGCGCAACAAGUGGUGGGAGAGCAGCUGCAUGCACAGGAGUAGGGACAGCUGGAGCCCACUGCAGCCCCAGGCUCUGGGGGGCCUCUUCCUCACCCUCGCCAUGGGCCUGGCGCUCGGCGUGAUCGCGGCGCUGGUGGAGCUCUCCAACAGAAGCAGGCACACUGCUGGGCACCUGAAGAAGUCCUGCUGCUCUGUUUUCACAGAGGAGAUGUGCGCUCGGCUGCGGGGCAAGGAGAGCUCCAGGCACAGCCAGGAGGCUGCGGGGAAGGCCAGCGCUUGA